GGAAAAAAAAUGAAAGGCACACCCCGCUGAAAUUUAGCAUCAUUUGUUUCAUUGACAAAGAAAAGCACCCAAACCCCUCCAAGCAAGAUACUACCAAUCUUGUUAGUGAAGGCAACAUGGCUACCGCUACAAUAGUCAAGAAGCCUCUCCCGGCGCUUACCUCCGGGUGGAGUGCCGAAAAAGACUUUAAGCCGCUGGGCAAGCUCACCAAAGCCACCGAGCGCAGCCUUGAGCCCGUCGGCCCGCACUUUCUCGCACACGCCCGCCGCUCCAGGCACAAGCGCACCUUCUCUGAGGAUGAUAGGAUCCAGGCUCAGGAGCGUGCCAAGAAGGUCGAGGACGAGGACGAUGGCGAGAUCAGCGAGCCCGAAGACCCUAUGAUGUUCCAGAGGGAUGCCAAGGACUGGAAGAACCAAGACCACUACCAAGUUCUCGGCCUGUCCAAGUACCGCUACAAGGCUUCCGAGGACCAGAUCAAGCGCGCACACCGCAAGAAGGUCCUCAAGCACCACCCCGACAAGAAGGCCGCCGCCGGUCGCGUCGACGACGACAACUUCUUCAAGUGCAUCCAGAAGGCCACCGAAGUGCUCCUGGACCCCGUCAAGCGUCGCCAAUUCGACUCGGUGGACGAGAAGGCCGACGUUGAGCCCCCGACCAAGAAGCAGCUGCAAAAGGGCAACUACUACAAGCUCUGGGGCAACGUCUUCAAGGCCGAGGCGCGCUUCAGCAAGACGCACCCCGUACCGCAGUUUGGUGGUGAGGACGCCAGCAAGGAGCAGGUCGAGGAGUUCUACAACUUUUGGUACAACUUUGACAGCUGGCGCUCGUUCGAGUACCUCGACGAGGAUGUGCCCGACGACAACGAGAACCGUGACCAGAAGCGUCAGAUGGAGAGGAAGAACGCCAACGCCCGCAAGAAGAAGAAGGUUGAGGACAAUGCUCGUCUGCGUAAGCUGCUCGACGACGCCUCUGCCGGCGACGAGCGCAUCAAGCGUUUCAGGCAAGAGGCCAACGCUGCCAAGAACAAGAAGAAGGCAGACAAGGAGGCAGCCGAGAAGAAGGCCAUCGAGGACGCACGGUUGAAGAAGGAGGCCGAGGAGAAGGCGGCCAAGGAGGCAGAGGAAAAGGCCAAGGCCGAUCGCGAGGCUGGCAAGAAGGCCAAGGAGGCAGCCAAGAACGCUGUCAAGAAGAACAAGCGUGUGCUCAAGGGUUCGGUCAAGGACGCAAACUACUUUGCCAGCGGAGAUGCAUCGCCGGCACAGGUUGAUGCCGUGUUGGGUGAUGUUGACUUGGUCCAGGGCAAGAUUGACGCCGACGAGAUCGCUGCGCUGGCUGGUAAGCUCAAUGGGCUUACCGUCGCGGAUGAGAUCAAGGCUGUCUGGCAAGGCGAGGUCAAGAGGCUUGUUGAUGCUGGAAAGCUUAAGGAGGGCGAGGCCAAGUCUUUUGCUUAGAGAUUUUGUUUUAUGUGUUGAUUUGAUGAGGUUUCACGACUAUCUGAUAGGUCUGGAAUUCGUAUAGAAUAAGACGGAUCUUUCUUCUUCUAGUGGCUGUUAUAUAGUCUUUGCAAUCCAGUGACAUCUGACGAACAAUGGACAGCUUUCACUUGCUGGCUGUUUCUCUAUACCACAAGAUUUAGCUGGAAAAUCCUUGACAAGAUCAACUUUGUAGACUUUUGCCG